AUAAAAAAAAAAAAAAAACUCAAAAACGAAAAAAAGAAAAGAAAACCUACUCGGACCAAAUCUAGGGUAUACACUUGACCCGUUGACCGGAUCUAGAGACACAUAAGCUAUUCAGUUUCAGCUGCAGUUGCGAGUAGAUAUGGAAGUGGUUGCCGCUAGGUCGAUGGAGACGCAGACAUGGGCUUGUUCUGUCACAGAGACGCUUCUCAUCCUCGUCGGAAGGAACCUGGCUUGUCUGCUCCUUGCGGCGGAAACGUUGCUGAUUGGGUUGAUUGCUGAAGAUCAGAGGCUUUCUGUGAAGGAGGGUUACAAAAAAGGACGUCCUGAUGAGGAAAACAAAGAUGGUAGCGACUCUGAUGAUAACGAUGACGACGACGAUGAUGAAGACGCUGAUGAUGAUGACGAAGAUGAAGAUGAUGCUAACGAUGAAAACUUCUCUGGGGAUGAAGGGGGAGAGGAAGCUGAUCCAGAGGAUGACCCAGUGACGAAUGGUGGAGCAGGAAGCGAUGAUGAUGACGAUGAUGAUGGUGAUGAGAGUGAUAGUGAUGAUGAUGAUGAGGAUGAUGACGAGGAAGAAGAUGAUGAGGAGGAGGAAGAUGACGAAGAUGUUCGCCAGCCACCUGCUAAGAAGAGGAAAUGAAACGUGUAUUGGGAUGAGUGGGGGAGUGUUUAUGUGUGGUUUAAGACUUGAGAAGAGGAUCGUACGUGUUGGUUUUAAGUAGUUCAGUGAAACCUACUCUUAUUCAGUUUCAUCUUGUUGUGUUACCAUUUGUUGUUAUCUCAGACUUCCGACCUGGAUUUUAGUUUAUGUUUCCUGUUUAGAAUGUUUGUCAUUGAAGGAUCUUUCGCCGGGCUUCACAGUUUC